ACAAGAACCUGCAAGCUUCCCUCCUUGCUUUCCUUCUUCCCCUCGGUUCCUCCCCCGCGACCUACCUGGAGGCCGAUAAUAAAGCAGGAGGAGGGAGAUGGAUGGACGGGAGGGCGGGGCGCCGCGUGGUGCCAUAAAGCCCAGCUGGAAGGGGCCUGUCUCGGGAGUGUCCAGCCCCAGGAGCCGGGGACCGUCCGCGUCGCGAGCCAGGCCGGGGCAGUGGGCAGAGGGCAGAGGGCAGACGGCAGAGGGCCGGGGCUGGGGCAGAGGGCGAGUGCCCGGGAAGGCCAUGCUGCGGGGCGCGCCAGGACUAGGCCUCACGGCGCGGAAGGGGGCCGAGGGCUCUGCGGAGGACUUGGGGGGCCCCUGCCCCGAGCCCGGGGGGGAUUCGGGGGUGCUGGGGGCGAACGGCGCUUCCUGCAGCCGGGGCGAGGCGGAGGAGCCGGCGGGCAGGAGGCGCGCGCGGCCGGUGCGGUCCAAGGCGCGGCGCAUGGCCGCCAACGUGCGGGAGCGCAAGCGCAUCCUGGACUACAACGAGGCCUUCAACGCGCUGCGCCGGGCGCUGCGGCACGACCUGGGCGGCAAGAGGCUCUCCAAGAUCGCCACGCUGCGCAGGGCCAUCCACCGCAUCGCCGCGCUCUCCCUGGUCCUGCGCGCCAGCCCCGCGCCCCGCGGGCCCUGCGGACACCUGGAGUGCCACGGCCCGGCCGCGCGCGGGGACACUGGGGACACAGGCGCCAGCCCCCCGCCGCCUGCAGGGCCCAGCCUCGCGCGCCCAGACGCCGCCCGCCCCUCGGUGCCGUCCGCGCCCCGCUGCGCCUCGUGUCCCCGGCAAGCGCCCCUGGCACGGCCCAGUGCGGUAGCCGAGGGGCCGGGCCUAGCCCAGGCCUCCGGGGGAAGCUGGCGCCGCUGUCCGGGGGCUUCCUCUGCCGGGCCGCCUCCCUGGCCGCGGGGCUACCUGCGAUCCGCCCCCGGGAUGGGCCAUCCGCGCUCCUGACCGGCCUCGAGGCACCGGCUGGGCUGCAGGGAGGCCGGGCUGGCAGCUGGACUAUAUAAAACCCGGGACUGCAAAGGCGUCUUGGACAGAGCAGAACUGGACCGGUUGAGACCUGGCGUGGAGGAGAAGGAGCUCGCCAGAGAGAAGGAGCUCCGGGACCCGGGGUUGCGCCCCCACAUCCCAGCCUGGGGCAGAGAGAAGGAGCUCCGGGGCCUGGCGCUGCGCCCCCACAUCCCAGCCUAGGGAGGCAGUUGCCAGAAAGGCCCAGGAUCCUGAACUCAUCUUGGACUCGAACUCGUCUUGGAAUGCCGCCUUCGCACUCCUGCGCCUCCGAGCCCUGUGUGUUCUCGAUGCUUUUAGGAGAGUGAAGGCUUUGAGGCAGGAGGUGUGGGUGCGUGGGAAUGCGGGUGGGGCCUGCUGUGGUCUCGUGGGCACAUGAGUGCGGAGUCCCCUUCCCUGCCUGCGCUGCUGCCCAAGCCUGAUCCGGGAGAGGCAGGAUCCGGGAGAGGCAGGCAGGGGCAGCAGCCAAAUAAAAGGAAAAACUAA